CUCACUGAGUGAAGCUUAUCUGUGGUUUCCAUUCACACUCAACCAAAGAGUAUCAAUGUCUCAACUCAGCAACUAUGGAACAAAGUGUUAGUGUGAGUCAAAAGACCUUGAACCUAAUGUAACGUCCUUGUGAUGUCUAACUGUGUUUCAGUGGUACUGGGUCAGAAUGUCUGGAGUGUUACAUACACCACUCAGAGUAUCUGUACCUUGAAGGGGUCAACAGUGGAGAUGUCCUGCUCUUACACAUAUCCUAGUGGUAGAGUAUCAACUACCUUCUGGUUCACAAAAAAUUAUGCAGGGGUGAAGCCUGUGAGUCUGUUAGAUGACCCAGACUAUAAAGGACGUGUGACGUACCAUAGAGACAUGAAGAAUGGCCACACCCUGAGAAUCACAGACCUGAGAGAGAGUGACUCAGCUACGUACUGGUUCAGACUAUUAACAGAUCAGACCGGAGGGAAAUAUACUGGUGAUCCUGGAGUCACUCUGUCUGUCACAGACCUGCAGGUGAAGGUGACUCCUUAUUCACAGAUUUCAACAUGGAGGAUACUGACCUGUAGCACCACCAACUGUCCUCUGACUGGUAACCCCACCUACACCUGGUACAAGAACGGACAGGUUGUAACUGAGAAGACUUCCCCCUAUUCAGUCUACCCUUAUGCUGUAGACAGUUACUCCUGUGCUGUAAAAGCCAAUGAGGAUCUCCACUCUCCUUCAGUGUGUGUCGAUGGUCAGAGAUGCAGCAGAGUGACUUACACCAAGAGGACAAUCUGUGUCUUGAAGGGGUCAACAGUGAACAUAUCCUGUACUUAUGACAGUGGUUAUGAUAUCGUCACAUCAUCACUCUGGUUUAGUCCUAAACAGAGAUCUAGGUGGAGUAAUAAGUCAAUCCCUGAGGACCUAACCACAGACCCAGGAUAUGAAGGUCGUGUGAAGUACACUGACAAAGAGACAUGGAGAAACAAAGGUCCCUCCAACCUGAGAAUCUCAGAUCUGAGAGAGGAGGACUCAGCUGAGUAUCGCUUCACUUUUAAAAAAAACAACUUUGAAUGGGGUCAUAGUUUCCCAGGAACAACUCUGUCUGUCACAGGUCUGCAGGUGAAGGUGACUCCUGCUACAGAGGGACAGAAGACACUGACCUGUAGAACCACCUGUACUCUGACUGACAACCCCAACCCCACCUACAUCUGGUACAAGAACGGACAACGUCUUGAUGAGCCCACUUCCCAACAAUACUCUAGUAAUACCCUAGUAGUGUUGGGUCAUUCUGUGGACAGUUACUCCUGUACUGUAGAACACCAUGAGGACCUCCACUCUCCUGCAGUGUAUGCUCCAAAGAACACCUCAGUGUCAGUCAGUCCCUCUGGUGGAGUAGUGGAGGGCAGUUCAGUGACUCUGGCCUGCAGCAGUGAUGCCAACCCACCUGUGGACAAAUACACCUGGUACAAGAAGAAUGUAGCCUCACCAAAAGCAUCAGGACAGAGUUACAGCAUCACUAACAUCAGCUCUGAGGACAGAGGAGAAUAUUACUGUGAGGCCCAGAAUGGAAGAGGAUCUAUGAACUCUACAGCUCUGAUGAUCAUUGUAGCAGGGAAACAACCAUCAGUUAUAACUGCAGCUGUAGGAAUCAUAGUGGUUGUUCUAGGUGUCAUACUGGCUUCAUGUCUCUCUGGACUCAUGUGGUUCAGGAAGAAGGUCUCCAAAACUACCUCUGACACAAGACACACGGCAGACAAUGGACAGGGAGACUCUAGUCCAGUGUAUGACAACUUCUCAGGUAUGACCAUGACCUCUACUGCAGCACAGACAGCAGCCACCAUCGACCAGGAUGACGUUCACUACGCCAGCGUAGACUUCUCUCGCUUAAAAAUCCAGGAAGUGCCUCAGUAUUCUACCGUUCAACUGCCUCAACCCCAGAAACAGGACGAGGAUGUCCAAUACGAUGCUGUGAAAUUCAACUGCCCCAGUGCUGCCAACCGGUGGGAUGCCCCGAUUGGCGUCACUCGUAAGAAGUGUUGGAGUGUGACUUACACCCAUCAGAAGAUCUGUGCUUUAAAGGGGUCAACAGUGAACAUAUCCUGCUCUUACACAUAUCCCAGUUAUCAUGAGAUCAAAAAAGCUUUCUGGUUUACUAAAUGGGAGUCUGGUAUGGAUCCUGAAGAUCUGAGCUCAGCUCCAGGGUAUGAGGGUCAUAUAGAGUACCUUGGGGAUAAGAAGAGUGACUGUACCCUGAGAAUCACAGACCUGAGACUGAGUGACUCUGCUGGGUACAGGUUCAGAUUCAUGACAUCUGGAGGAAAUUUUUCUGGCUCACCUGUCUCCCUGACUGUCACAGAUGUUGUGUUGGAGAUGGAUCCUACAUCUGUGUCAGAGGGGGAGAGAGUCACACUGAGAUGUAGAACCAAAUGUACACUGGACCCCAUCACAGCCUUCAGUUGGUAUAAGAAUGGACAGCCUAUACCAAACAGCAACACCUCCUCUCCUGUCUAUAUCCUGUUCUCAGUCAGCAGUGAGGAUACAGGCAGAUACUCCUGUGCUGUAGAAGGCCAUGAGGAUCUCCCCUCUGCUGAAGAAAAUCUCACUGUCAGAUAUGGACCAAGGAACACCUCAGUGUCAGUCAGUCCCUCUGGUGGAAUAGUGGAGGGCAGUUCAGUGACUCUGACCUGCAGCAGUGAUGCCAAUCCACCUGUGGACAAAUACACCUGGUACAAGAAGAACGUAGCCUCACCAAAAGCAUCAGGACAGAGUUACAGCAUCACUAACAUCAGCUCUGAGGACAGAGGAGAAUAUUACUGUGAGGCCCAGAAUGGAAGAGGAUCUAUGAACUCUACAGCUCUGAUGAUCAUUGUAGCAGGGAAACAAACAUCAGUUGUGACUGCAGCUGUAGGAAUCAUAGUGGUUGUUCUGGUUCUCAUCCCCUGUCUCUCUGGACUCAUGUGGUUCAGGAGAUUCACAGGAGGAAGUGAUGCUACAACAGACACACAGAGUGUCCGUCCUGACUGUAACUGUGACACGUACACAGGUCUGAACAUGAGGACCAUGUCCCCUGACUAUGACACUGUGGCAAGUGUCCAUCCUGACCCUAACAGUGACCCCAGAAAUGACAUGUACUCACCUCUGAACAUGAAGACCAGGUCACCAGAGUAUGACACCCUGGCAAUUGGCUGGAGUGUUACAUACACCACUCAGAGUAUCUGUACCUUGAAGGGGUCAACAGUGGAGAUGUCCUGCUCUUACACAUAUCCCAGAGGUACAGUCACAUCAACCUUCUGGUUCACUAAAAUUAAUGCUGAGGGGAAUCCUGUGAGUCUGAGUGAUGACCCAGACUACAAAGGUCGUGUGACGUACCGUAGUGAUAAGACGAAUGGACACACCCUGAGAAUCACACACCUGAGAGAGAGUGACUCAGCUACAUGCAAGUUCAGCGUUAUAACAGAUCAGACUGGAGGGAAAUAUACUGGUGAUCCUGGAGUCACUCUGUCUGUCACAGACCUGCAGGUGAAGGUGACUCCUUAUUCAAAGAUUUCAACAUGGAAGACACUGACCUGUAGCACCACCUGUAUUCUGACUGGUAACCCCACCUACACCUGGUACAAGAACGGACAGAUUAUAACUGAGAACACUUUACCCUUCUCAGUCUACCCUUAUGCUGUAGACAGCUACUCCUGUGCUGUAAUAGGACAUGAGGACCUUCACUCUCCUGUAGUGUGUGUUCAGGGUCUGCAGGUGAAGGUGACUCCUGCUGCAGAGGGACAGAAGACAUUGACCUGUAGCACCAACUGUACUCUGACUGACAACCCCACCUACAUCUGGUACAAGAAUGGUACCAUAGUAAAGGAGGACACUUCCAGCCUGUACUCAGACUCCUUUAGUGAUGCAGACAGUUACUCCUGUGUUCAGGGUCAGAGCUGCAGCAGAGUGACUUACACCAAGAGGAGAAUCUGUGUCUUGAAGGGGUCAACAGUGGACAUAUCCUUUACUUAUACUGAUUAUUAUUCCACCACAUCAACAUUCUGGUUUAGAAGUGAUAAGGCGACCCCUGAAGACCUAACCACAGACCCAGGGUAUGCAGGUCGUGUAGAGUACACUGGAACAUACAAAGGUCCCUUCACCCUGAGAAUCACAGAUCUGAGAGAAGAGGACUCAGCUGAGUAUCGCUUCACUUUUAAAACAAACAACCUUGAAUGGGGUCAUAGUUUCCCAGGAACAACUCUGUCUGUCACAGACCUGCAGGUGAAGGUGACUCCUGGCACAGUGACAGAAGGAUCAUGGGUUACACUGACAUGUAGCACCACCUGUACUCUGACUGAAAUCCCCAACCCCACCUACAUCUGGUACAAGAAUGGAGAAUACCUAUUUUCUGACUCCUCUCCCCAGUAUCACUACUCAGCCAGUAGAGGAGGUUCUGACAGCUACUCCUGUGCUUUAAGAGGCCAUGAGAAACUCAGCUCUCUGGAAGUCACAGUGGAUAUCCUGUUGGAGAUGGAUCCUACGUCUGUGUCAGAGGGGGAGAGAGUCACACUGAGAUGUAGAACCCAAUGUACAGUCGGUCUCAACCCCACCUACAUCUGGUACAAGAACAGACAACGUCUAACCAACCCAGUCAGCAGUUAUAACAGUCUGAUCCUAGACCCAGUCACCAGUUAUAACAGCCUGAUCCUAGACCCAGUCACCAGUUAUAACAGGCUGAUCCUAGACCCAGUCACCAGUUAUAACAGCCUGAUCCUAGACCCAGUCAGCAGUGAGGAUGCAGGGAACUACUCCUGUGCUGUAAAAGGCGUAGAGAGAAUCCUCUCUCCAGAAGAGACUCUGACUGUCAGAUAUGGUCCAAGGAAGACCUCAGUGUCAGUCAGUCCCUCUGGUGAAAUAGUGGAGGGCAGUUCAGUGACUCUGACCUGCAGCAGUGAUGCCAACCCACCUGUGGACAAGUACAUCUGGUACAAGAAGAACGUAACCUCACCAACAGCCUCAGGACAGAGUUACAGCAUCACUAACAUCAGCUCUGAGGACAGAGGAGAAUAUUACUGUGAGGCCCAGAAUGGAAGAGGAUCUAUGAACUCUACAGCUCUGAUGAUCAUUGUAGCAGGGAAACAAACCUCAGUUGUGACUGCAGCUGUAGGAAUCAUAGUGGUUGUUCUGGUUCUCAUCCUCUGUCUCUCUGGACUCAUGUGGUUUAGGAAGAAGGCCUCCACAACCACCUCCAACACAAGAGACACAGCAGACGAUGGACAGGGAGACUCUAGUCCAGUGUAUGAAAAUGUCUCAAACAUGGCCAUGAACCCUACAGCAGCACAGAAAGCAGCCACAGACGACCAGGAUGAUGUUCACUACGCCAGCGUCCACUUCUCUCGUUCCAAAAACCAGGAAGUGCCUCUGUACUCCACCGUCCAGCUGCAUCCACCCCAGAAACAGGACCAAGAUGUCCAAUACGCUGCUGUGAAAUUCAACCUCCUCAGUGCUGCCACCCAGUCCAGAACCUCCAGCUCCAUGGCCGGAGCCUUCCCCUGCUCAGAUGCCCAGUCUGAGCACGGCAUCCAGUUUAGCUCCAAGGCCAGAGUCUUCUUUUGCGUUGGUGCCCAGUCCAGGCACCGCGUAAAGUCCCGCUCCAUGGCGGGUGCUUUACCCUGCGCCGAUGUCCAGUCAAAACAUGGCGUCCAGUCCAGCUCCAUGGCAGGAUCCCUCCUCUGGUCCGAUGCCCAGUCCAGACAUGGCGUCCCGUCCCACUCCAAGUGGUACUGGAACGGACAACAUCUAGAUGAGAGCACCUCCCCCCAGUACAAAGACCCAGUCUCCAGUAACUAUGAAGACAGUUACUCCUGUGCUGUAAAAGGCCAUGAGGAUCUCCACUCUCCUGCUGUGUGUGUUGAUGGUCAGAGCUGCAGCAGAGUGACUUACACCAAGAGGAGAAUAGGUGUAUGUGGUUUUAUACAUAUUGUUUCAGGUCUGCAGGUGAAGGUGACUCCUGCUGCAGAGGGACAGAAGACACUGACCUGUAGCACCACCUGCAGUCUGACUGACAACCACAACCCCACCUACAUCUGGUACAAGAACGGACAACGUCUAGAUGAGCCCACUUCCCAUCAAUACUCUAGUAAUACCCUAGUAGUGUUGGGUCAUUCUGCAGACAGUUACUCCUGUGCUGUAGAACACCAUGAGGACCUCCACUCUCCUGCAGUGUGCGUUCUGGGUGAGAACUGUAUGAAUGUGACUUACACCCAUCAGAGUAUCUGUGCUUUGAAAGGGUCAACAGUGGACAUAUCCUGCUUUUACACACAUCCCAGUUGGCAUAACGUCACAGAAGUAUCCUGGUUCAACAAAUGGAUGUCUGGUGUAACUAAAGACUUGAGCCAGGACUCUGAGUAUGCAGAUCGUGUGGAAUACCAUCGACAAACAGAAAAGGACUCCACCCUGAGAAUCACAGACCUGAGAGAGAGUGACUCAACUGAGUACAAGUUCAGAUUUACAACUGAUGAGGCCAGAUGGGGAUACAGCUUCCAUGGAACAACUCUGACUGUCACAGGUUUUCAGGUGAAGGUGACUCCUGAACAGUAUUCAGAGUAUAAGACACUGACCUGUAGCACCACCUGUACUCUGAGUAACCCCAACCCCAUCUACAUCUGGUACAAGAACGGACAACAUCUAGAUGAGAGCACCUCCCCCCAGUACAAAGACCCAGUCUCCAGUAACUAUGUAGACAGCUACUCCUGUGCUUUAAAAGGCCACGAGGAUCUCCACUCUCCUGCAGUAUGUGUUCAGGGUCAGAGAUGCAGCAGAGUGACUUACACCAAGAGGAGAAUGUGUGUAUUGAAGGGGUCAACAGUGGACAUAUCCUGUACUUAUGUUAGUUAUUAUUCCACCACAUCAUCAUUCUGGUUUAGAAGUGAUAAGUCGACCCCUGAAGACCUAACCAGAGACCCAGGGUAUGCAGGUCGUGUGGAGUACACUGGAACAUACAGAGGUCCCUUCACCCUGAGAAUCACAGUUCUGAGAGAGGAGGACUCAGCUGAGUAUCGCUUCACUUUUAAAACAAACAACUUUGAAUGGGGUCAUAGUUUCCCAGGAACAACUCUGACUGUCACAGGUCUGCAGGUGAAGGUGACUCCUGCUGCAGAGGGACAGAAGACACUGACCUGUAGCACCACCUGUACUCUGACUGACAACCCCAACCCCACCUACAUCUGGUACAAGAACGGACAACGUCUCGAUGAGCCCACUUCCCAACAAUACUCUAGUAAUACCCUAGUAGUGUUGGGUCAUUCUGCAGACAGUUACUCCUGUGCUGUAGAACACCAUGAGGACCUCCACUCUCCUGCAGUGUAUGCUCCAAAGAACACCUCAGUAUCAGUCAGUCCCUCUGGUGAAAUAGUGGAGGGCAGUUCAGUGACUCUGACCUGCAGCAGUGAUGCCAACCCACCUGUGGACAAAUACACCUGGUACAAGAAGAAUGGAGCUUCACUGAAAGGAUCUGAAAACACAUUCCUCAUCACCAACAUUAACUCUGAGGACAGUGGAGAAUACUACUGUGAGGCUGAGAGCAUAUAUGGGAGUCUCAACUCUUCUUCUGUGUCUGUGGACGUUCAGUAUGGCCCAAAGAACACCUCAGUGUCAGUCAGUCCCUCUGGUGAAAUAGUGGAGGGCAGUUCAGUGACUCUGACCUGCAGCAGUGAUGCCAACCCACCUGUGGACAAAUACACCUGGUACAAGAAGAACGUAACCUCACCAAAAGCAUCAGGACAGAGUUACAGCAUCACUAACAUCAGCUCUGAGGACAGAGGAGAAUAUUACUGUGAGGCCCAGAAUGGAAGAGGAUCUAUGAACUCUACAGCUCUGAUGAUCAUUGUAGCAGGGAAACAGACCUCAGUUCUGACUGCAGCUGUAGGAAUCAUAGUGGUUGUUCUGGUUCUCAUCCUCUGUCUCUCUGGACUCAUGUGUUUCAGGAAGAAAUCCUCCAAAUCCACCUCUGACAAAAAAGAUACAGCAGACGAUGGACAGGGAGACUCUAGUCCAGUGUAUGACAACAUCUCAGGCAUGGUCAUGACCUCUACUGCAGCACAGACAGCAGCCACAGACGACCAGGAUGAUGUUCACUACGCCAGCGUCCACUUCUCUCGUUCCAAAAACCAGGAAGUGCCUCUGUACUCCACCGUCCAAGUGCCUCAGCCCCAGAAAGAGGAUGAGGAUGUCCAGUACGCUGCUCUGAAUUUCAACCUCCCAGUGCUGCCACCCGCAGCACAAGCAGAUGAGGAGGACUCCUCUGUUCUCUACAGUACAGUCAACAAACCCUGAACCAGGAAGACCUGAACGCAACAAACCCAGAACCAAGAAGACCUGAACACAACAAACCCAGAAAGAAGAAGACCUGAAAAGAACAAACCCAGAAAGAAGACCUGAACAGAACACGUUUGACAAAAACCUUGUUUAUCUGGACCUGUAUAUUUAAACUGAUAUAAUGCCUGUGGAGGUGUGGAAUAUUGACCAUUAUAAACCAGGUGGUUUGAGCCGUGAAUGCUGAUUAGCUGAAAGGCGUGGUACACCAGACCGUAUACCCUGGGUAUUUAAAUUUGUAUUUACUGGUCUAAGUACAUUGGUAACUAGUUUAAAAUAAGGCACCUCGGGGUUUGUGGUAUGUGGCCAAUAUACCACGGCUAAGGGCUGCAUCAAAGCACUCCUCGUUGUGCAUAGGAACAUCCCUUAACGGUAGUAUAUUGGCCAUAUACCACACCUCCUCGGGCCUUAUUGCUUAAGUUUAUAAUGGCAACAAGGCACUUCAGGGGUUUGUGGUAUAUUUUAUUUCACCUUUAUUUAACCAGGUAGGCAAAUUGAGAACACGUUCUCAUUUACAAUUGCGACCUAGCCAAGAUAAAGCAAAGCAGUUCGACACAUACAACAACACAUGGUUACACAUGGAGUAAAACAAACAUACAGUCAAUAAUACAGUGAAAAAUAAGUCUAUAUACAAUGUGAGCAAGUGAGGUGAGAUAAGGGAGGUGAAGGCAAACAAAAUAUAUAUAUAAUAAAUACAAAUAUAAAAAAGGCCAUGGUGGCGAAGUAAAUACAAUAUAGCAAGUAAAAAAAACACUGGAAUGGUUGGUUUGCAGUGGAAGAAAGUGCAAAGUAGAGAUAGAAAUAAUGGGGAAAGAUAGAAAUAAUAUAUGACCAACAUACUGUACCACGGCUUAUUUUAAACUGGUUAACAACAUAAAUAGAACAGUAAACAAGUAUUUUUACGUCAUACCCGUGGUAUAUUGUCUGAUAUACAGUAUAGACUUCUGAAAUUCUGUUUCAGCCAAUCAACAUCCAUGAACCAAACUACUCAGUUUAUAAUAGUAUAUAGUAAUAUAUGCCAUCUAGUAGACACUUUUAUCCAAAUUCACAGUCAUUACAGUCGUGUUUCAAUACAUUUUUCGUAUGGGAAGUCCCAGCAGGGAAAAUUUUGCAAAUGUAUAAAUACAAAAAACUGCAAUAUCACAUUUACAUAAGUAUUCAGACUCUUUAACCUCACUAGGGUAGGUUGCAGCAUUCUGAAUUUUGGAUGAAAAGCCCAAAGCCUGCUACUCAGGUCCAGAAGCUAGGAUAUGCAUAUAAUUAGAAAACACUCUAAAGUUUCCAAAACUGUUAAAAUAAUGUCUGUGAGUAUAACAGAACUGAUAUGGCAGGCGAAAACCUGAGGAAAAUCCAUCCAAGAAGUGCCUUUAUUUUGAAAUGUCUGUUUUUCCAUUGAAAGCCUAUCCAAGAUACAAAGAAUUAUGAUGCAGUUCACAAUCUCUAUGCCUUACAACAUGUGACAGUCUUUAGGCAUUGUUUCAGGCUUUUACUCUGAAAAAUGAGGGAGAAACAGCACUUUCAAUGAGUGGACAUUGGACAUUUCCAGACAUGAAGCCAGCGCGUGACCGGGAGCGUGCCUUUCUUGUUUCUCCUUAUCUACUGAUGAAGCUUUUGUCCGGUUGAAAUAUUAUCGAUUAUUUAUGACAAAAACAACUUGAGGAUUGAUUAUAAACAUUGUUUGACAUGUUUCUACGAACCUUUAUGAUACUUUUUUGAUUUUUCGUCUGUCUUUUGUGACCGCGCUUUGUUCCAAUGGAAUACUGAACAAAACGCACCAGCAAAACUGAGGUUUUUGGACAUAAAGAGGGACAUUAUCGAACAAAACAAACAUUUAUUGGGUAACUGGGAGUUUUGUGAGUGUAACCAUAUGAAGAUCAUCAAAGGUAAGUGAUUAAUUUUAUCGCUAUUUCUGACUUGUGUUACUCGUCUACUUGGCUGGUUACUGUUUGUAAUGAUUUGUCUGCUGGGCGCUGUUCUCAGAUCAUCGCAUGGUUUUCUUCGCCGUACAGUCUUUUUGAAAUCUCACACCGUGGUUGGAUUAACAAGAAGUUUAUCUUUAAAGCGAUGUAUAACACUUGUAUGUUUCAUGAAUUUUAUUUUUAUAAUGAGUAUUUAUGUUUUUGAGUUUGGUGCUCUGCAAUUUCACCGGAUGUUGGCCGAGUGGUACGCUAGCGUCCCACCCCCUCUAGAGAUGUUGAUAAGUACUUUGUCGAAGCACCUUUGGCAGUGAUUACAGCCUUGAGUCUUCUUGGGUAUGAUGCUACAAGCUUGGCACACCUGUAUUUAGGGAGUUCUCCCAUUCUUAUCUGCAGAUCCUCUCAAGCUUGGUCAAGUUGGAUGGGGAGUGUCGCCGCACAGAUAUUUUCAGGUCUCAGCUCUGGCUGGGCCACUCAAGGACAUUCAGAGAUUUCUCCCGAAAGCCACUCCUGCGUUGUCUUGGCUGUGUGCUUAGGGUCCUUGUCCUAUUGGAAGGUUGAACCUUCGCCCCAGUCUGAGGUCCUGAGCCCUCUGGAGCUGGUUUUCAUCAUGGAUCUCUCUGUACUUUUCUCUGUUCAUAUUUCCCUCUAUCCUGACUAGUCUCGCAGUCCCUGCCGCUGAAAAACAUCCCCACAGCAUGAUGCUGCCACCACCGUGCUUCACCGUAGGGAUGGUGCCAGGUUUCCUUCAGACGUGACGCUUGGCAUUCAGGCCAAAGAGUUUAAUCUUGAUUUCAUCAGACCAGAUAAUCUUGUUUCUCAUGGUCUGAGAGUCUUUAGGUGCCUUUCGGCAAACUCCAAGCAAGCUUUCAUGUGCCAUUUACUGAGGAGUGGCUUCCGUCUGGCCACUCUACCAUAAAGGCCUGAUUGGUGGAGUGCUGCAAAGUUGGCUGUCCUUCUGGAAGGUUCUCCCAUCUCCAUAGAGGAACUCUGGAGCUCUGUCAGAGUCACCAUCGGGUUCUUGGUCACCUCGCUGACCAUGGACCUUCUCCCCCGAUUGAUCAGUUUUGCCGGGCGGCCAGCUCUAGGAAGAGUCUUGGUGGUUCCAAACAUCUUCUAUUUAAGAAUGAUGGAGGGCACUGUGUUCUUGGACCUUCAAAAAUUCAGAAAUGUUUUGGUACCCUUCCCCAGAUCUGUGCCUCAGUACAAUCCUGUCUCUGAGUUCUAGAGACAAUUCCAUCGACCUCAUGAUUUUUGCUCUGACAUGCACUGUCAACUGUGGGACCGUAUAUAGAUAGGUGUGUGCUUUACCAAAUCAUGUCCAGUCAGUUGAAUUUACCACAGGUGGACUCCAAUCAAGUUGUAGAAACAUCUCAAGGAUGAUUUAUAGAAACAAGAUGCAGCUGAGUUCAAUUCCGAGUCUCAAAGAAAAUUGUCUGAAUACCUAUCUAAAGAUAUUUCUGUUUUAAUUAGCAAACCUUUUUAAAAAGCCUUUAUUUGUUUUGUCAUUAUGUGUAUAGUGUGGUAGAUUGAGAAUACAUUUGUAUUUAAUCUGUUUUAGAAGAGGGCUGUAAUGUAACAACAUUGGAAAAAAGUCAGGGGGUCUGAAUACUUUCCCAAUGCAUUUUAUAUAAUUAUGUAUUUUUUAUGUUAUGUUUCUGAAACAAUCAUCAAACUUUGGGAGACUUUUGCCUCAACGUCCAGGAAAGAGUUCUGCUUGAUGCAACGUUUCUUAAUGCUUUUAUCAAAUCUUUUUUUGUAAACUGUGUUAUGACAUUUUUUUUAAUAUACUU